UUAUGGUGGACGCAGCGGUAGCAGAGCAGUUCCUGGAUGCCAACCCGCAGUUCGCCAAGCAGUACUAUGACAUCAACUUCCGGCCUAAGGUCAUCUCAGACCUGCUGGACAGCAACCGGAAGGCAGUGGUGGACAUCAGCAAGUUCCACGAACUGACGAUGGUAGAGGAGAGUGAGGUCCUCUUCGACCUGGUGCGGGACAUCCAGGACAACCUGAAUAUGGAGAAGUGUGUCUUCAACCUCAUGAAACACCUCAGCUUCAUGAUGAAGGCCGACCGCAUGAGCCUCUUCAUGUACCGGCAGAGGAAUGGAGUGGCCGAGCUGGCAACAAGGUUAUUUAAUGUCCAUAAAGAUGCAGUGUUUGAUGAUUGCCUGGUGCAGCCUGACAGUGAGAUUGUGUACCCGUUGGAUAUGGGCAUUGUGGGCCACGUGGCGACCUCCAAGAAGAUGGUCAACAUUCCCAUUGUGUCAGAGAGCCCUCAUUACAGUAACUUUGUGGACGAGCUGACAGAGUAUCAGACCAAAAAUGUCCUCGCCAUCCCCAUCAUGAAUGGUAAAGACAUGGUGGCUGUUAUGAUGGCCGUCAACAAGUUGGAUGGGCCGCACUUCACUGCAAAGGAUGAAGAGACGCUAAACAAGUAUCUCAACUUUGCCAACCUGCUCCUGAGAGUUUUCCACCUGAGCUACCUGCACAACUGUGAGACAAGGAGGGGACAGGUGCUGCUGUGGUCAGCCAGCAAGGUGUUUGAAGAGCUGACAGACAUAGAGCGGCAGUUCCACAAGGCCUUGUACACAGUCAGAGCUUUCCUCAACUGUGACCGUUACUCUGUGGGUCUGCUGGACAUGACCAAGACCAAGGAAUUCUUUGACCUGUGGCCAAUUCUGAUGGGAGAAGUUCCACCAUAUGAUGGACCCAAAACUCCUGAUGGCAGGGAAAUUAUCUUCUACAAACUGAUUGACUACAUCCUGCACGGCAAAGAAGACAUCAAAGUCAUACCCAAUCCUCCAGCAGAUCACUGGGCCCUGGUUAGCGGUUUACCAACCUAUGUAGCAGAGACUGGACUGAUUUGCAACAUAAUGAACGCAGCUGAGGAUGAAUUUUUCAACUUCCAGACAGAGCCUCUGGAUGAUUCUGGCUGGACCAUUAAAAACGUCCUGUCUCUGCCAAUUGUCAACAAGAAAGAAGAGAUAGUGGGUGUGGCCACGUUCUAUAACAGGAAGGAUGGGAAACCCUUUGAUGAAAUGGACGAAACACUGAUGGAGUCUCUUACCCAGUUCCUGGGCUGGUCGAUGCUGAACCCUGACACCUACGACAAGAUGAACAAGCUCGAGAACAGGAAGGACAUCUUCCAGGACAUGGUGAUGUACCACGUGAAGUGUCGCAAGGAUGAAAUCCAGAACAUUCUGAACACCAGGGAGAGAUGGGGGAAGGAACCAGAUGAGUGCGAGGAAGAGGAGCUGCAAGAGAUUCUGUCGGAGGUCUUGCCAAACUCUAAGAAAUCUGAGAUCUUUGAGUUUCACUUCUGUGACUUUGAACACAGUGAACUGGAUCUGGUGAAAUGCGGCAUCAAGAUGUACUACGAACUCAAAGUGGUGGACAAGUUUCACAUUCCCAGAGAGGCCCUGGUGAGGUUCAUGUAUUCGCUCAGCAAAGGCUACAGAAAGAUCACCUACCACAACUGGAGACAUGGAUUCAACGUCGGACAGACCAUGUUCACCCUGCUGAUGACAGGUGAUCUGAAGCGUUACUAUACAGACCUGGAGUGUAUGGCCAUGGUGACCGCUGGCUUCUGCCACGAUAUUGACCACAGAGGAACAAACAACCUCUACCAGAUGAAGUCUGGUAAUCCUCUGGCAAAGCUUCACGGCUCCUCCAUCUUGGAAAGACACCAUCUGGAGUUUGGCAAGACUCUGCUGAGAGAUGAAAGUUUGAACAUUUAUCAGAAUCUGAACCGCCGUCAGCACGACACAGUCAUCCAUCUCAUGGACAUUGCCAUUAUUGCCACUGACCUGGCUCUCUACUUCAAGAAGAGGACAAUGUUCCAGAAGAUUGUGGACCAGUCCAAGACCUAUGAGAACUGGAAUGACUGGACCAAGUACAUGAUGCUGGAGACCACACGCAAAGAGAUUGUCAUGGCCAUGAUGAUGACUGCUUGUGACCUGUCUGCCAUCGCCAAACCGUGGGAGAUUCAAAGCAAGGUGGCGCUGUCUGUAGCUGCAGAGUUCUGGGAGCAGGGAGACCUGGAGAGGACAGUCCUGGAGCAACAACCUAUUCCUAUGAUGGACAGAAACAAAGCGGAUGAUCUGCCGAAGCUGCAGUGUGGUUUCAUUGACUUCGUUUGCGCCUUCGUGUACAAGGAGUUCAGUCGUUUCCAUGUGGAAAUCACCCCCAUGCUGGACCGCCUGAUGAACAACAGGAAGGAGUGGAACGCCCUGAAAGAGGUGCAUGAGGCCAAACUGGCUGCCCUCGAGGAGGCCAAGAAAGCCAAGGAGGAGGAAGCUCAGAAAGCUGCAGCAGCCAAACAAGCGGAAGCAGCCCAGUCAAAGACCUGUAUUCUCAGCUAGAGAUGCUACAACAGUACUAGGUUGCUUGCUACAUGGUUGUGGUCCAGUGCUAGGUUUCGUGAAAGAUCCUUUUUUUUUUUUUGGUGUUAUUUUUGAGAUCUCACCUGAAAGAUCCAGUUUACGGAGAACACGUCUCUCACUUCAGAAUACCUGUUACAAAUGGCUAUAUUUAAUGUAUGUCUUUAUAUCUUUUAUCUGUCCUGCUUUCCUUCUGUGCUGCUUCUUCUUUUUAAUCUUUUGAUAUCGUAUUACUCAAUACAUGCACUUGGCUUCAUGGUUUGUUCAGGUGUUUGUGGGAAGCUCCCAUCAUCUUUGAGUCAGCUACCAAAAGCAUUACAUGCAGCAAGCUACUUAUGUAAUCCUAAAGUCAAACCUGUCAGACCAACAAUAAGGAAACAUGGACCUUCUCAUUGGGAAGCUUCUUGCAUUGAAAAUGUUCCUGCUCACAUUGCAGUGUUGAAUGUCAGCUACCUACAGGCCUUUUGAUUACACCAACAUGAAGACUUUCCACAAAAAUCACUAUUUAUAUUAUGUUUGUAGUGACUGUAUAAAUAGUGUCUCUUUUAAAUUGAUGUCUAAUGCUAUACUGGUGUUAACUGAAACUAUCAGCUGCCCAAACCAUCAGUUUGUUCCUUUUUAAGAGUCGAAUGAAAGUGUGGCUGGUGGCUUAUCCGCAGAUGGAAUCCAGAUCCAAACUUUAAUCCACGCCAAAUUUUUAAACUUGUCUCGAGAUUAAACUUAAUACAUUUGGGUCAGCUGGAAAAUUCAAUGCACGUGCUCUAAGAUUAGUAUUGCUAUAAGUAUUUACUGUGGUAAAACAAACAAAAACAAAAUGGAUUUGGUUGAACUUGUGUUGGGUCACAGGACAGGAAUAGUAAUGUGGAUCCUUUGUGAUGCAGUUUUAUGAACACAGACGGGUAAACAGCUCUGUCUAAAAACAUUCCACACCGGACAUGUCGUAUUGCAUGUGAAUCAAAUGUCAACAAUAGUAUUUUAAUAAUUUUUGGCUCAGGUCUUGUGGCAUUAGCUGUGUUGACACUUUAGUAUCAGCUUGUUUUUCCACAUGCUGUCAAAUGAUCUGAAUAUAUAACUUUGUAAUGCAAAUCAACAUGAAACAUAAGUAGAUGUAUGCUGCGAAAUACAUGUCUAUUGUCUCGUUCCGUCAUUGUUUGGUUACAGACAGUUCGUUUUCUGCUCUGCAGCAUUUGUUUUACUGUGUACUUAGAUUUUAUUUAAGAUAAUAUGUUGAUUUCAGCCUUUUUAGCAUUAUAUACAGUACCAUCUUUCCCAUGCUAUUCAGUGUAAAAAGCUGGUAAAUACUUGUGCUGAAAACUAAAGCGAAUCAAUAUAGGCAAAA